UUGUGUGUGACAUCUGUGAGAUCACGUGAGCAGCAGCCAGAAAGGAUCUCUGGGUAAAGAUCAGGGGAGAGGGAGGAAGUAAAAGCUUGUGACACCCGUCCCCUUCAUUGCAGGGCUGCAGCCGGACUCAGCCUUUUCAAUGGAUCCCGGUUGUGAGUGUAUUUACCUGGUGGGUGCAGCCCUAGGGGCAUUAGCGUCCAUUGUACUCCUGUGGCUGGGGUACCGUCUUGGUGUCCUCUAUCAGCUCCUUCAUAAGGUGGAAACUCAGAGCCCCUGUCAUGGAGGAGAAGUGGUGGCUCAAGUGCUUCAGUCCCAUGGAGUAAAAUUUGUAUUCGCCCUAGCUGGCGGCCAUAUCUCACCCAUCUUGGUUGCGUGUGAAAAGUUGGGGAUACGUGUGGUGGACACCAGACAUGAGGCUACAGCUGCGUUCGCUGCAGAUGCAGUAGCCAGACUUUCAGGUACUGUUGGUGUGGCAGCAGUGACCGCCGGUCCAGGUUUAACCAACACGGUGACAGCUAUUAAGAACGCUCAGAUGGCGGAGUCCCCCCUGCUGCUGAUCGGCGGAGCAGCUGCAACAUUGCUACAGGGCCGAGGAGCUCUCCAGGAUAUAGACCAGCUGUCACUUUUCAAGCCUAUUUGUAAGUUUUGCGCCUCGGUCAGGACUGUACGGGAGAUCGUCCCUGUGCUACGGAAAGCCUUGGCCGAGGCCCAAUCAGGAACACCGGGCCCUGUUUUUGUAGAAUUUCCUAUAGACAUUCUGUAUCCAUAUCAUAUCAUCCAAAAAGAGUUGGCACCGAAAGGAGCCCCUAAAGGGAUCAUGGGAAAAAUAAUCACCUGGUACUUACAGAAUCACCUGAAUAACCUGUUUGCUGGGGCCUGGGAGACCAGAGACAAUUCUCCUCUUCCCGUCUGCAUCCCUAAGGCCACCACUGAGCAGAUCCAGCAGUGUGUGGAAUUAGUAAGUCGUUCUAAGAAACCGGUCUUCAUCCUGGGCAGUCAGAGCACCCUGCCCCCAACCCCUGUAGACAAGCUCAGGAAGGCUUUGGAAUCUUUGGGUAUUCCGUGUUUCUUGGGUGGAAUGGCCAGAGGCAUGCUGGGAAGAGACAGCCCCAUCCACAUUCGUCAGAACCGUAGGGACGCUCUUAAGGAGGCCGAUCUAGUGAUACUGGCUGGUACAGUGUGUGAUUUUCGACUUUCCUACGGCCGCGUGUUGAACAGACGUAGUAAGAUUAUAGCUGUGAACAGAGACCGCUCUCAGCUCCUCAAGAACUCCGAUAUGUUUUGGAAGCCGACUGUUGCUAUUCAAGGGGAUGCCGGUUCAUUCAUCUUAAGCCUUGCAGAUGGGCUCCGGGGGUACACAUGCUCCUCAGACUGGAAAGAAGGCCUUAAAGCUGGAGAUAUAACUAAAGAGAAGGCAAAUGAACAAAAAGCUGAAGAUAAAACUGAAAGGCAUCUGAAUCCCCUGAAGGUUCUGCACCUGGUGGAAGAAGCUUUACCGGAGGACAGUAUCAUUGUAGCAGAUGGCGGAGACUUUGUAGGCAGCGCUGCUUACAUCCUGCGCCCAAGGGGACCACUGCGCUGGCUGGAUCCUGGUGCUUUUGGCACUUUGGGAGUUGGCGGAGGAUUUGCCUUGGGAGCCAAACUUUGUCGGCCAGAAUCAGAGGUUUGGGUUGUAUUUGGAGAUGGCUCGCUGGGGUACAGCAUUGUCGAGUACGACACAUACACGCGUCAUAAGACCCCCAUCAUUGCUGUUGUUGGAAAUGAUGCCUGCUGGAGUCAGAUCUCCCGAGAGCAAGUUCCUAUGUUGGGAAGCAAUGUUGCAUGUGGUCUGGCUUAUAAUGAUUACCAUGUCGUAGCAGAUGGCCUUGGUGGUAAAGGUUUUCUCGUCACUCGGCAAGAUGAAGACAGAAUAGCUGAUAUCAUCAAGGAGGCUCAAGACACGGCCAAGAAAGGGAAAGCAGCGCUGAUCAAUGUGCUCAUAGGAAAAACUAAUUUCCGAGAUGGCUCUAUCUCUGUGUAAAUCCAUUGCAGUAUCCAAAAUCCUAAACCUACACGAAUGGCCAAAAAUUCCCCGAGCUCAAUGUUAGAUUCUCUGCCUGUCCCUUAGGAGCCUCUAGUGAAGAUCUGUACAUAGCUCAAUGAGUGGUUUUAAGUGAAUCUCCACCUUUUAACACUUUUUAGCUGUCAGGGCACCAUUUGUUCUGAUGCAGAGCUUCAAAUCCUCUACAUAUACAUAGAUUUAAAGGGGUACUCCACUGGCCAGCGAUCGGAACAUUCA